AUGUCCAAGCACAUCGAAGUCAUCGGUAAUAUGUUUGAUUUGCCCGCGGUGUAUCCCAUUUUCAACACUAAUUACCCAGAUACUUGGUUUGUGCAGUUCAAAAAUAUGCUUCGAAUGAAAGGGAUAACCAAGCGAACAACCUGGUUUUUCUACGCUGUCGCAGCACUACCGGCCCCGGUCAUAAGCCAAUUCAGCGAUAUUGCCGCUCAGCAACCAGACAACAACUCUUACGAGCGUCUCAAGCAGGCAGUCACCAGUCGUAACGCUGUAUCGCAAGAAAAGCGUUUUCACCAACUUUGGCCCCAGAUCGAACUUGUGGCUACGUUUUGCGUAUUCAUUCAUCCCAUUAUUGGCUGA